AUGGUAUACGCAUACGCGCGCGUAUCCGUAAAUUACGCUACGGUGCGGAGCACUAGUGGGAAGAGCAUCGCGGGUCCGUUUGAAGGGCACACAGACCAGAUCAACUCAGUUGCAUGUGCGCCCAACGGGAAACACAUAGUCUCUGGCUCUUGUGAUAACACUGUUUGUGUCUGGGAUGUCAAAAGCGGCAACGUCGUUGCGGGUCCCUUUGAAGGGCAUAGCGAUGCAGUCAUGUCGGUCGCAUUCUCACCCGACGGGAGGCAGGUCGCCUUCGGAUCCGGUGAUCUCACUAUUCGGAUUUGGACCUUUGAAGCUGAGCCACUGGAACAACCCUCGGGUAACCCGAGAGCGACAAACGAAACCAGUCUUGCAACACUGCCUGACGGCAAUUUCGGGUCCAAUUGGACAAUGUCCGAGGACGGCUGGAUCCUGGGCAAAGGUGGAGAAUUGCUCACAUGGAUUCCACCUGAUCUUCGGCAGACACUUUUACCUCCUUAUUGCAAAACUGUAUUCGGUUGGCAGUUUGCAACCAGAUUGGACUUGGCAGCUUCACCACUGGGAGAAAACUGGACCAGAGGUUAUUAG